ACCUCUCUAGUGUAUAUUUAUGGACUGGAAAAAAGUUUCAUUAAAUAACAUUUACCAGCAAAGCAGCUAUCAUUUCCUUACAUUUAACUAAAUAUCAGAAACAGAAAAAAAAAAAAAAAAAGGGAAAACGGAACUGCCAAAAACAAACUGCAAUACAACACAUCGAAAUGGAUACUGUGUACGGUACUAAAAAAUACUUUCAAAGUUUAUCUGGCGCCAGUGAUAUUUAUCGUAGUCCAACAGUAGCAGCUUGCCGAGCAGUGUCCAAUGACUUCACUUAUCAGAAUACACUCGGACGCCGCUCCACAUUGGGUGCCUAUUAUCACAUGAAUAAACAGCCUUCAUAUACCAAUGAUCACAGUUUAAAUAGUCAAUAUGGUUAUAAUACUUGGGGUAUAUGGCGUGAAGCUCGAAAUUUGGCGCCAUCAACAUAUUCGGCAAAAGCUUAUCCUAACUAUCAAAAAACCAAAUCAUUUUCCAUCAUCUUAACUACCGCCGCAUUUAUAGUACUAUUAGCUGUCAUAACCAUAGCGGCAUUGGCAUUUUACUUCAGUUCCGUCAAAGCAGGCCUAGAUGAACCUAUUAUGGGUUUUGAAGGUUCAUUUCGUGUAGCAAAAGGUGAUUUAUUCUCAACGGGUUUAAAAUUUAAUCACACUUCAUCGUACAAACAGAAGGCUGAAUUUUACAAACGUUUUGUAGAAAGAGCGUUAGUAGAUAAUGGCUUGCAGCCUUUAAGAACAGAUAUAUGGGGUUUCGGCGAUGGACCUUUAAUUAAAGUGAAUUUCCGCAUUUUUCUGGAUGUAAGAAAAUUACCACAAAGCAUACAGAGCGUAGAGGAAUACAUCAAAGAAUCCUUCUUUUUGGAAACUACUUCAUUUAAGUCUCUCUACCGAUCAUUGCGGAUUGAUUCUGAAUCGGUUGAUAUUAAACGCAUACUCGACGAGCAAACAAUUAAACAUGCAACCAUGCUUAAAGAAUUGCCUCCCGUGCCCACCAGUCAGACGCAGCUCGAGAAACGCUUAAUGACGAAAGCAAAUAAUAACCACUCUGGAUUACUCUCGAAGGUUCCUCUUUUAAAGAACAAAUCUCGUUCACCGUCUAGACCCCAUUCAGCUGACGAAGAACCCGACGUAGAUGUGGAAAAUGCCCCUGUGAUACAGGGCUCGUUUGAGGGGUCAUUUGAAAUUACCAAAACUGAUGCGGAUAUAGCGCGUAGGAAGACCACUCCCACCAGACCACAAACAAGCGCUAGUAGUUUGCUGCCAAAGACAAUAACGCCGUAUUCGCUAAGAGUUAAACCGCGCAAACCGGGUAUAGAAAAGUUGACUACCAUUAUACCGCAGUCCCACAGUAGCGCAAAAUCUACUAAAGUUACUACCACGGAAAAAAUGUCUACUACUACGACAAAGAUGACGACCACACCUAAAACUACCGCUACUACGACUAAAACUGUAAGAACAACUACCACUACAACUCCGAAGCCUCUCGCUUUUACCACAACCACCAGCACCAGUAGUACAACGAGUAGUACAACUAGUAGUACAACUAGUAGUACGCCUAGUAGUACAAGUACUGCCGCAGCCCCUACUUCAGUUCCCGUCGCUAUUACGGAAAUUGUUUCUACUGCUGAGUAUAUAACUUAUCCUUCUCCGAUAACUUCUUCCACAACUGUGACGGUGCCAAAAUUAGAUGCAAACUUAUUUGCUUCUAUCCCUGUACUCGAUACUCAGCCAUGGAAACCAAUACAUCGUGAAGUACCAGAAUUUUUACCAGGGCCUCCGCCCACUUUUCCCACCAAGUCCUUAAUUUCUACCACAAAAGAUAUACCGCCACAAAGACGAUUAGACGAGAUGGAAUUACCGUAUUUGCCAGAUGAGCCGACACCACCUAAGCCUGAAUUUUUCGAUACUUACUCCUCUAGCUAUUUUGGAUCAUCGUUGAGAAAACCAAGUCCUAGUAAUAAGGACACAACUUCAGCUCCGGAUGUAAUGUUCUAUAACAGUUUUAGCAAUCCGGCUUUUAUGUCUGGAUCCGAAAACAUAGAACGUUUAGGUGUAGGAGCUUCUAUACAACCUCAUCCUUUACCGGUGCCUUUAAUAGAUGAAGUCGUCAUACCCCCAUUUAAGCCGUUACACCCUGAAUUGGAAGCACGGGAUAAACUACGCUUUGAUAUUGAUGUUAGCGAUGAAAAAUUCGAGCACUUGGGUGGUGGGGUUAUAGCAAAGAAACAGGAAUUACUUAAUUCGACUUUCGCUACCAAAGGCAAUAUGUUAAAAGCUAAAGAAACCGAAAGAGAGACCAUAACAAUUCCUAGCUCUACUAGUAAAGUGCUGACAUCAACGAUAGCCUUACAAUUGAAGAUAUCAGAAGCUACCACUACCGCAAAACCUAAGACGGAGACGCAAAAAACGCCUACUGCGUCGUCUGAAUUGGCCGAUAGUCUAGGAGAAUUUUUCAUGGGUUUAUUGAAUUUAACGAAAGAAGAUGGAGAAAAAAGUAAUGGUAAUAAAACAAUGAAUCGCAUAGUGGCUUUGAAUAUAGAAACUGAACAACCAGAUGAAGAACCAAAAGACAUUCUGGAAAUUGUGACUCUAAAAAAUACGAAAUCUAAUACAAAGGAUAGUCAGGAAAAUGUUGGAAAGAGCCCUACUCUUAAUAAACCGAAUUUUUUGAAUAUCAAAGAGUUGAUCUUAAAGAGAAAUCAAAUAAAUUUGGAAAGGCAACAAAAUCAGACUAAAAGUAUAAUCGCAACUACUAGUACUGCAGAGCCGAGUGAAAGCCUUACACAGAUUAUUUUACAAACUACAUCAAAACCUUUUACUAGUACAAGCGUGAGUACAUUAAAAAGCACUACUAAGCGCAUACGGAUUAAACCAGGUUACGCAAAUAAUAAGCCGCCCACGAUUUUAGACGAUUCUGUCCUUUUCCCUUCGCAUUCAAAAUGGGAGUUCGUAAACAGUUCCUCUAAUUCAAAUUUCGGUCAUACUGGGAAUAUGCGUAAAAUAUUUAAUCAAACUUUGCAAGCCUGGGUCUCCUUGGACGUAGAUAGGAGCGAAAACUUAACUUUAAAUGAUAUUAAAAGCAAAAUCAAUAAUGCCACUAAUAUUCAGGAUAUUUCAUUAAUAUUUGAUACGUUGGCAUCGAAGCUGGGAAUAACACCCAGCAUACCUAACAAGGUGCCACCUUUUUCGCAUAACAAGUUGAAGCAGACAUUGAAAAAUGACACACGUUUAAAAGCGAACACAACGACAACAAGAAUAACAAUAGCAGCGAAUAAAACGCCUACGUUAACGACUACAACAAGCCCGACAAUUACAACUACCACCUCUAGAACCACGACACCGAUCUUUACUACUCCUAGUACUUCAACGUUACGUUACGAAGAAGUAUUUUAUAACGAAAAACGCGAACCUGAUUAUGUUAAACCUUUAUUGGUGGAAGACACAUCAGCUGAAGUUAUCGGGGCUGCUAUUCCCGUAGUAGGAGAAGCAGAAGUCGAGGUUAUCGAUCCUAACAAAUAUGAAGAGAUGUUACGUUCAUCACAGUUUGCUGACGUUUCUACAACCGAAAUUUUGCCUAAACUAGUAACUCUAUUACCCGUACGUUCAAAUUCGGGCAUCAGAACAUACAGGCCAACAUUAGAAGACACAGCACGCAAUUCUGUUGGUCUAAGCAUUAAUAAUAAAGGGGUUAAUUCUACAAGUAGCAGAAGCAGCAAUAGAAAAACCCACAAUUCUCGAAAACCGCCCUCUGAGACUGUCAUUAGAGGAGGCUUAAAAGUUAAGAUUAAGUAA